CCACCCCCGAGAUUGGCCCCUCGGCCCCCGGUGCUGCGGGGCCUGGCGCGGCGGGCGAGGACCGCAGCCGAGGCUCCGGGAGGGCCCACGGGAGAGCGGGCGGCCCGGCCCGCGUGGCGGCGGGGGCUCUUGUGCAGUCUCGUAGUUUAGCCCAGGGAUAGGUCCCUGGAAAUAGAAUUUUUGGGCCAUAGGCUCUUGGUGAACUCGGUCGGCUGUCUUCCGGUAACACUGCACUCCUCUUCGCUUCCGCCGACAUCCUGUGAGAGUCACACACCGUUUGGGCCUUGAGGCGCAUUGACAUCGAUCUGUUUCCACUAUGCAAACAUUUUCUUGCUUUCAGUACCAUUGUUUAUAUUACUAGUGAGAUUGGAGCUUUUAUUUGAAGGAAGAAAUGGUGUAAGUCAUUGACUGUCCAAACCUGAAGGUCGAAGGCUGGAAGGAAGGUCGGGGAGAACAUGGCCUGGCCGGACCUUUUUCGCAGAGGAACUCUGCUGUCCCGGCUCAGCCACCAUCAUGUCGUCGUGUUCCUGCUCACCUUCUUCAGUUAUUCCUUGCUGCAUGCAUCAAGGAAAACAUUUAGCAAUGUCAAAGUCAGCAUCUCUAAGCAGUGGACCCCAAGUGCUUUUAACAAAGUCAUUGAACCUGUAGAGAUCUGGAGCGACAACCACUUGUUUCCCAGUGCAGAGGAGGCCACUCUUUUCCUCGGGACUCUGGAUACUGUUUUCCUCUUCUCCUAUGCCGUGGGCCUUUUCAUCAGCGGUAUUGUUGGGGAUCGGCUUAAUUUACGAUGUGUUCUGUCUUUUGGCAUGUGCUCUUCUGCAUUAGUGGUGUUUGUCUUUGGCACUGUCACAGAGUGGCUGCAUUUCUACAACAAGUGGCUGUACUGCUGCCUGUGGAUUGUGAAUGGCCUGCUGCAGUCCACGGGGUGGCCCUGCGUGGUUGCCGUCAUGGGCAACUGGUUUGGGAAAGCCGGGCGAGGCGUUGUGUUCGGUCUCUGGAGUGCCUGUGCUUCCGUGGGCAACAUCCUGGGGGCGUGCCUGGCCUCUUCAGUUUUGCAGUAUGGUUACGAGUAUGCCUUUCUGGUGACGGCGGCUGUGCAGUUUGCUGGUGGGGUCAUCAUCUUCUUUGGACUCCUGGUGUCACCCGAAGAAAUUGGUCUCCCAGGUAUCGAGGCAGAAGAAAAUUUUGAAGAAGAUUCGCACAGGCCAUUAAUUAGUGGUGCUGAAAAUGAAGAUGAAUAUGAGGCUAAUUAUUCAAUCCAAGAAGGCAGUACUGUCACCCAAGUCAAGGCAAUAAGCUUCUACCAGGCUUGUUGCCUUCCUGGAGUUAUACCGUACUCACUGGCCUAUGCCUGCUUGAAGUUAGUGAAUUACUCCUUCUUCUUCUGGUUGCCCUUCUACCUGAGUAACAACUUCGGCUGGAAGGAGGCUGAAGCUGACAAGCUGUCCAUUUGGUACGAUGUUGGAGGGAUCAUAGGUGGAACUCUGCAAGGCUUCAUCUCUGAUGUCUUACAGAAGAGAGCGCCGGUCCUCGCUCUGAGUCUGCUUCUGGCCAUUGUGUCGCUCGUUGGAUAUAGCCGUUCUCCAAACGAUAAGUCCAUUAAUGCACUUCUGAUGGCCGUCACAGGAUUUUUUAUUGGUGGACCUUCUAAUAUGAUUAGCUCUGCUAUUUCUGCUGACCUGGGUCGCCAAGAGCUGAUCCAAGGGAGCAGUGAGGCGUUGGCGACUGUCACAGGAAUUGUUGAUGGAACUGGGAGCAUUGGAGCUGCUGUGGGCCAGUAUUUAGUGUCUUUGAUCCAGGACAACCUGGGAUGGAUGUGGGUUUUCUACUUUUUCAUUCUCAUGACAAGUUGUACCAUUCUGUUUAUUUCGCCAUUGAUAGUGAGGGAAAUAUGCUCUCUUGUGCAAAGACGACAGGCUCGCAUACUGAGCGAGUGACAGUGCCCACAAAAGAGCAAGAACAAUAGGAGACACAUCAGGACUGUUCUUUCUUUUAAUUCAUCCGAUUUGGGGGUUGUCUUAAAGAGCUCCAGCCUAACCUCAGAUGUAGCCAGGCCUCCUUCAGCGGUGUUGGCCCGCCACGCACUGACCUGAGGGAGGGCCGGGUGCUUUGCUACACUACAGGAGUCAUUGCCGAUGGACUUCAUUGUCCUUUCGUGAAUGUACAGAUGGCCUAUGAAUCUGCCAGCGUCUUUGUUGGGAUGUUGAGGUUUAUCCUUUGAACCUUAAAGGCUGUAUUGGACUUGGACCCUUGUUCUCCAGCCUGGGCAGCUGAGUGACCAUGAGGCAGCCGUGCAUAGUUUAUAUCAAGGUCAGGCUCCAUAAAUAGGAGGGCUCCUUGGAUUUUGCUUCGGAAAUGAGUUUGGAAAUGAGGCUCAUGUCUGAAGCACCAAACCUGGAUGAAGUGCUCCAGCUGGAUCGGACAUCACAGCAUGAGCCUGCCCUGGGUCAGGAACGCCUCUGUUAACCAUGGUGGCGGGAAUCACACUGCGUGCAGAAGCAGAAAGAUCGCCAGAUUGUUGUCAACUUCUUUUCCAUCUUCAUUCAAAAUUAUAACUCCAGGAAGACUUUAGUCACCCUUUCAAGGACCAUAAAGUGUGUCACCUGUGCACAUUCCAACGUGUAAGCCAUGGCCGAUGCACUCAACCCCAGAUUCGCUGUCCGGGAUCUGCUGGGAAGCUAAUCUGCUCAGCCUGUUUCCAGAGGCUUGAUCUCGGUCUCAGCCGGGUUCCUUCAGUGACCUCACCAGAAGACUAAAAUUAGAGAAACAGGAAAGACCUUUUGUCCUAAUAAGCGUUAGGCCAGGGACACCAAAUCACACUAAGGAAUCACUUAGGCCUGAGGGGUAUUUAGGUACCUGUUCUUUAGAAAUUUGUAGAGUAUACGCGUUCAAGGCUCUGAAUUCUAUACUAUGAGGUGGGACCCCCAGAAAACCCGGAAUGUAUUAUAAGGAAUUGUGUGUUUAUUCUUACUUGUUUAAACUUCAGCCACCUUAGAGUGCUCUCUGCAUUUGAUGCAGUACGCCUGUCGAGAUGUUUUUCCCACUGCUCAGUUUUUGAACUUGUUGAUUUUGAUGCCUUUUAGUGCUCCUGCCGUUUUUGUUUCACUUUUACAUCGGCAAAAUGUUUUCCUUUGAGGACUUUUUUCAUCUGGGAAAACAAAAAGAAGUGGCUCGGGGCGAGAUCAGGUGAAC